CUCUCUCGGAGUGCACCCACGACAAAGAGUUGUCUGGAAACCACGGUGCGGAGCGGUUGUCGUGUGCGGAGCGCGAAAAGCUGUGUGUGUUAAGAAAGAUAAUAAAACUUUGAAUGCAAAUGAAAUAGUGCACUUGUAGCAAAUGUGCUUUAAAAAUAAUUAGUGAAUACAUAAAGGUGACGAGUUACAAUUGUCUAUGAAUUUACUUAAUGUGGAAGUUACAUAAAAACGAAAAACUGUAACUGCAGAUUUACAAUUUUGUGGAGAACUUAGGCGCAGGCCUAGACGACAGCGAGAGACCGAGACAGAAACACAUUGGGAGAGAGAGAGACAGAAAGCGGCACGAUAAUGGGCCAAAUUGUUGGAUCCCUGUCGGACAAUGUGGCGGAUGUGUUUGGCAAUCGACGAAAGCGGAGACGCAGCACGGACUCCACUGCAUCGCAAGAGGAUCGGGAUGGAGCGCAACUGGAUAGCAAGUCACCCAAAAAGUAAAAAGAAGCUAUUGACGACAACGCAAUACAUUUACCAGGCUUUAUUCAAGGAGGAGAAGAAUUCGGAUGUGGCCGUCAUGGCAUUGGACAAGGUGUGGCAUCUGCAUAAGGUUUAUUUAAGCCAAAGUCCCUACUUUUACAUCAUGUUCAAUGGUUCGUGGAAGGAGGCAAAACAGAAUUUUGUACACAUUAAGAUAUUGGACGAUCGGAUCAACGUGGAUAGCCUGGACGCUGUGUUUGGCUCCAUGUACUCGGACGAGAUUGAGAUUGAUGCCAAAGAUGUGAUACCCGUGCUAGCGACGGCCACACUCUUCCAUUUGGAUGGGAUCAUUGACAAGUGUGCCGAGGUGAUGGUGGACACGAUCAAUGCGGAAACUGCCAUACAGUACUAUGAGGCUGCCUGUCAAUAUGGUGUGAUUGGGGUCAAGAAGUCAACAUUUCAGUGGUUCCAAAUCAAUCUACUUAGCAUUUACAAUAAGCAUCCAAAUCUGUUGCGGCACAUCUCCAUUGAUCUAAUGAGUGCACUCACUGCCAGCCAUGAUUUGUAUGUAAUGCAAACGGAAUUCUCAUUGUAUACCCUGCUCCGUACCUGGAUGUUCCUUCAGCUGCAUCCCCAUCACGAUCCCGAGGAUCCGGUGCAACGUGCCGAGGCCCAAAAGACGCAAGAGCGUCUGGCUAAUGCCGGCGUGGAGACGCACUCACCCAGCGCGGAUGUUGUGCAGUGGACGUACUUUGCCAGCCGGAUGGAGGAGCGCUCCUUUCUGGCCACACCCGAGGGUCAGCCAUACAUUAAGGUAUUCCAGAAACUACGCACGCAGUACCUGACCAAUCACUAUAUGGAUCUGAAGAUCAUAUUCAAUGACAACAUCAUACCCAAGGAAUGGCUCUACAAGCACAUUCACAGCCACUGGGAUGCAUUGCUGCGGAUUGAUCACGGCCAGGAGGACGGAAGUCCAACACAGCUGGACAAUGAGCAAUUCUUUGAGAACUGCAUGCGCUGUGGUCGCCUGCUGCUGGAGCCCGGCUAUCAGAAGUGGCGCUGGACGGGCUUCAACUAUGGAAUGGAUCUCAUACUCAUCAUGGACUCCCGCCGAUUGAACAUACGACGUCACCAUCGCCAUGAGCACGAGCGUGUGCUGAGCCUGCAGACGAGACGAAAGUUCAUGAUACGGACCACAGUAACAUCAAUCAAUGCACAACGCCAGCCCGUCUUUACACAGACAUCGGAGAUCACAACACUGAGCCUGGAGAAGAAUGAGGAGGUCUCAUUGAUGGUGCUCGAUCCCAAGCUGGUGCAUCCCCUGCUCAUAUCCAUCAACAUGCUUGUCGUGAUGCCGCCAAACCAGAGCUUCAAGGAGAUUGUUCCUCAGAGCGAGGAAUCGGCCCUUUCAGCUGCAGCUAUUCCCAUUUCAGAGAUUGGAGCGAGCUGUGAAAGAUCCCUGACACCGCCUAGUGCCGAUGACUCGGCUGUCUGUGUGGGUGGCGGCGAAUCGGAGGCAUCAACGACAUCCUCCCCAUCCAUGGGAGGACUGCGACCAGCUGGACGCUACAGUUGGACCCGCAAUAAUCCAGUUAUAACGAGUGAUGGCGAGGCAUUAUGUCGCGACGUGGCGUGCUGAGCGCGUUCUUUAUAUAUAUAUUUUAUAUAUAUAGAUAUAUUAUAUAUACACUCAAACAAUCCUGGCACAAUCCACCUUCGUUCUGUUCAAGGACUCGCCUCAACACGAGCUCCGCUUUAUGUAGUUGUACAUUCGUUUCCCCAUUAAAUUUAUACAUGAAUAUAUUGUAUAGCUAACUACUAACUGUAUGUCACACAUAAAUAUGAUUGUACAUUAUUUUCUUAGUGUAUCGCAGAUAUCGCUGCGAUCUGCAAAACUUCUAUAUAUUUUUGUAAUAUUUUUUACAAUAUCUGAUAGUAAUUAAUGUAAACACAAAAAUUUAACAAAUAACUUAAGUUAAUUGCACACUCUUUGUGCCCUCACACUUAAAUGCAUAUACCAUUUAUAUAUACUAAUUAUAUAUGUACAGACUCAUAUCUAAGCCAUAAUGUUAAGCAAUCGUACUAAAACCUAUUCGAAUUAUCAUUACAAAUUGCUUACAUCAUUAAAAUUAUUAACGUGACCCCAAAAAAAAAAACCCAUUGCAUUUCAAGUAAUCUAUUUAAAUUAUUAUUAAAUGUGUGAAUUUAUAUAAAAAGCAAGAAAACAAUUGUACUCGACUGGAAAAUGGAUUCUAAAUUGUAGUGGACUGAAGUUGAUGUCUAAGUUGUUCUACCUAUUUGAAUGAAUUGAAUACUUUGUCUUAAUGUGUAAAUAUUUUGCAUAACUUGAAACUGUUGUCAUAGGUUUGGUUCAGAGGCUUGAAUCUGAGAGUUUCUGGCUUUAGUAACAUCUUAAUUUUUUAAGUAAUUAUACUUAAUAUAAUUUGAAUUAAACGGAAUUUAAUUGGAAAUACUAAAAAUAAAAGAAAUGGAAUUUAAA